GAAUAUAAAAGAAAUGAUUAACAUGAAGAAUAAGAAAAAGAUCAUCAGUAUUAAAAAUCUAGAGGAAGAGGAAAUAGAGGAAGAGGAAAUUAUGGAUAUUAUAGAAAUGAUAAAGAUGAUGAUAGAAAUGAUGAGAAAUAUUAAAAUAAAGAUAAAGGAGAUAGAUAAGAUAGAUAAGAUAGAGGAGGUAGAAAUCAUGAUAGAAGAGGUGGAUAAAGAGAUAGAGGAAAUAAUGUAAUUAUUUUAAUUUUAUUAUUUUUUAGUAAUAUGUAUAAAAAAGUGAUGCUCAUCAUUAAUAAUAAUAAUAAGUACAGUAACAAUAACAUUAUUAACUGAUUCCUAAAGCAGUUUUAUAAAAGACUCCAAAAUAAAACAUUAAGCCAAACACAUUGAAUGCUCAUGAUUUCCCUGCCCUAGAUUCUGAAUAAAAGAGUUGAGUUAUAC